UUUAAUUACCCAUUUUUAUUCAUUUCAAGUUAUUUUUCGCGCAGGAAUGUGUUCUCAUCUUUCGAGACGUGCCAACCCGAAUACGAAUCGAAGGUCUUCCGUGGGUCAUCGGUACUUGUCUUUCAGCUCCCAAGAUGGUGGACGGAGCAAGCAAUGAAGAGUGCAGAGGCCUAGACUGGGUUUUAGGGGAAUAUGGCUUCUUCUUGGUUGAAAUGGGGUCUUUGUAUGAUAUUAGCAAUUUUGCUAAGACGUCUUCUAGAAUUAAGUACACAUGCAUGUCUGUCGGACAAAAGCUCAUUGCUAUUGGCUCGUCAUCGGGGGCGGUAUAUAUCUACAACCGAAGAACACUUCGGCAUCUCAGGGUUAUAAUGACGAAGGAUGGUGCUGUUAGCAAUCUUUGUUUUCAAAGUUGCAAGAAUGUCCUAGGUAUUGCCAAAAGCUCGGGAAUGGUCUUUAUAUGGGAUAUUGGAACAAGGACAAGGGAUAAGCCGAAGUGUUUGCGGCGCUCAGAUCAGCAUAAAGGUGCUGUUGUCACUUGCCUGUGCUGGGAUGAUGAUGGCGUGCGACUCUUUGCCGGUGAUGACCAAGGGUUUGUUAGUGUCCUUCGCAUGCCCUUCCUCAGUAAGAUUGGAGGUAGUCCUGGAACAAAGAAGCUGACAAUUGGUCAUAACACUGACAUCAUUGGCAAAAGUGAGACAGCUAUCAAUCAGCUGGACUGUGCAGGGGACAGGAUCCUCAUUUCUACCAUGAGGAAAACAGCCAUUUUGGAUAUUCCAUCGAACUCAUGCUGGCCGGUUGGUUCCAAAGCAAGGGAGGGUAAGUUUGGAGCCUGUUAUUUUAGACAGAAUGGUCAGCAAGGUGUUACUAUAUAUACUGCCAGGCCAAGCUCAAGAUUAUGGGAGGCCAGUAUGGAUGGACAAGUGCUAUCUACUCAACAAUACAAGCAGCUUUUAGCGACCCCACCCACACCUAUUAUCUCAGAGCUAUCAGAUAUUGAUGACUUGUCGUGCCAGCCUGCCAACAAGUUUUCCCCACAGUCCGUGAACUUCCCGUACCUUUACUUGGUUAGAGAACGGUUCCUUCUCACGUGGUACGGGAAUCGCCUCAUCCUCCUCGACCCCAUACUUGGUCAGUUAGUAGGAUGGUACCAGCUGGAUCGAGAUGUAUCACACAUCAGCUGUAGCGGAUCACAGUUCUACGUGUAUCACGUGGAUGGCUAUAUGAGCUGGUUUGGCGUCCUCAACGUCAAGGAGUGCGUGGCGAGACUCUACGAGCUGAAUGCAGUAACGCAAUGUGCCAAGGUAGCCUUAUUGUGCAAGCACUAUUUAGUACCAGGGGCUGCAAGAGACUUGGUACCCACUUCUAUGAUGACGUCAUUAAGGGAUAAACUCCUCGAGUUGCCUGGGCACCAGGAGCUGGUAUCGAGCCUUGAGGAACUCCUUCGACAAGUCGAAGAAAGCAGCACUUUGACUGAUAAGCCUCCUGGUUUCUAUGGCAACGAGGAGAUCGGUACUCCUGACACCAUGAGCGUCUGCAGCGACAGUCAACUGUGGGGUGAGGGGGAGGGCAGCGUGCGCAGCGAACCCCAGGGGAGGGGACUUAGGAGAUCUGACGAUUUCUCUUUGGACAAUGCCUUGUUUGCUGUGGCCGCAAAAGCGAAGAAAUUUGCCGAAGAAAGGAGAAAAAAUUCACGACUAAAAUUUCCAAUGCUGCGAAGAGCAUCUGACGAGGGAAGUGUUACGCCUACCGACAGAGGCACUAGCGAGCAGGGGAAUGAGUUGAGAUUAGAUCCGGGCUCAGCGUCUGGUAGCGAGGCGAUGUGCGAGGUAGACAGUGCACUGCACAGCCCGUCGGAAGCGCCCGCGUUCCACUCAGAUGACAGCGGCUCAAGGCAUGAAGACGACGUAUUUGAAUCAGUACCUAGAAAGGGCAAGAUCUCGGCGAAAGAGAAGAAGAAAAGAAAACGCAAGGUUGUAACUGUAGAUAUAGAUUCACCAUCUGGGAAAUAUUUUGAAGGAACAAAGCCCCCAGGACAACAGAUAUAUGGGUCCCGGGCUCAAUCCGCUAGGGAUGCCCAGGUGCAGCUUCAUCGCUCACGAGCUUCCCCUGAGCCCCUCCCCCACGGUAACACCGCCCCUCCGGAAUUAGCCCCUGCCUUCCCUAGCAUGCUGUCCAAGGCGAAAAACUUGUUUCAGCGAAGGCUGAACGCCGGUGAGACCGGUGCCGAGAGUGUUCGACUGGCUCGUUCCCAGUCCCUCCCUUUGGAGUAUGACGUGGAGGACGGUGAAUGUGAGGAGGACGGGGAGGAGACUGGAGAGGAGCCUCGACUUAAAGCAGCGGAUGAUUUAGAGAGGGCGACGAAAGAGACAAGGGAUCGAGUUGGGGACUUAUCAAUCUUCUGCAGCAGAUCCGCCCUACGUCAGGUCUUACAGAACUGGAUCUCAUUUCUCCACUCUGCCGUCACAGCCUGCGCUCGACACCAGUCUUUAGAUCUGCUGUCGGUGCUCGCUGAAAAUUCGGCUCAAGAUGAUGUUCGUAUGCUAGUGAAAAUGUGCUUUGACACCGGAGUUUACGGGCCAGAAACUAAUCCUGGUGUCGAGACUGAAAGCGAGGUCAUGACGUCGGACGACGGCGAUAAAGUGAGCACGACUACCGGGUCACGUGACUUGAAUGUUGUAUUACCAUUGGCUGAGACUGAGGAGAAGGUAUCGGGGGCUAGGAAGUCUGAGGGUUUACAUUCUGGAGUAAAAGGGAUUGAAAGUCGGCCUAAAGAAGAGGAGAAUGGAAGAGAGGUACAUAUGUCAGGCGAUAGUAGCCUUGAGAGAUUACGUUCUAAAGAGGAGGUGAAUGGACAGAUUCAUAUGUCAGGGGAUAUCAGCCCUGAAUUAGAAGAUAUUGAGGGAGGAGCGAUUUCACUCACAAACGCCCAACCAGCAGUCUUGUCGGGAGUGACUAAGUGUGAAUCACGCACAGUCCCAUCAGCCACCGCGUCUAACCAUUCCUGGAUAUGCGAAGCGUGUUCCAAGAAGUCACCAUUCAAUUCCGAGAGCGUACUCGGUGCCAGCCUCUCACGGUUAGCCUCCAAGAGGGAGAGGGAUGCCGAGUUAGAUGGAAGAAGGGCUCGAUUCGUUUCCCGGUAUUUUAACAUGAUGGGUGUGGAUAAGAUAAGAAGAACGCUGAACUUGACACGCGGGCUCAAGAGUAAGACUUGGCGUGCUCUACUACGACCAAUCAACGGUAAAGAUACGUACGAAUCUUCUGCAGUCAGCGAUCAUCUCAGAAAUGGUGACGUCACAAGGGCAUUGCACGUCUUGCAUGAAGAGAUGGAUGAAUUUCGUGACGUAAUUCUGCAUUACCUAAAUGCAGCCUUCAUGCUGCAGGGCCGAGAUACGGUGAUGACGUGUGUUAAGAUGUACCCGGAUGUGCGACCUUGGGAGGUCAUGGAAAUGUGUAGAAGCGGAGGGGAUUUGAAGACUAGCGCCCAGUCUUUUGUGUUCUACAUGGAACAACUUCUGCGCUGGAGGCAGGAGACUGGGGAGGCAAGGUCCCAGACCCUUAGAGCGUUGUGUAGAGAAGAGGAGGUUUUGCAGGCCUGGUGUCACUCUGCUUUGAUCGCAAGCGAACCUCUCGAUCAGCGGCAUUCCGAAUGUGGAGUCCCAAGGAGUUUCGCGCACACACUUUUCUGGAAACACGAUAAUCAGCUGAAGAGUGUCCUUGAUAUAGUAUGUCAGCGGUCAUCCCUAGACGAGGUUGCGCCGUACAUCGACAUGUGUUGGAAGCAUGGGUACUGGCGUGGCUUCGUGCGCUUGUGUGUCGCUGCCGGAUUUAGGGAACUGGCAUUGUUAGUGGUCGUGUAUCUGCGUGAUAUAAAACUGUUGGACAUAUCUCAUCCUUGGGGCGCGUUGCCCAAGACCUUGGGGGAAUGGAGAGCACUACUGCGCAUGCUCGCAUCAGUACAGCAGUCAUCCGAUCUUCCCGAGGACGAGAGAUGCGCAUGCGAAUACGAGGAUCGGUCACGUGACUCUUCUGUCAUAUGCUGGGAAAACGUGGUCCCUUUGGCACUAAGUCGCCUUGGGACAAGUCACACUGUGCAGUUACUGAAGGAUGUGCCUUACAGGGGGAAGGCCCUUCCCAAGGACUUUUACUACAAGUGCAUCAUGGGAGCGGCUAUCGAGACAGAACAAAGGAAACUAGUUCACGAGAUGCUGUGUAAUCUAGAUGCGUAUCUAUGGUCCCAGCGCGCAGGCGCAAUGACACCUGAGUUGAAUUAUUUGCGAACUAAGGAAACGUCUGAUGCUCCACAAGAAACUGCCGACCCUUCCCCUGUUGCGCCUCAUCCCAUUUCCAGUGUUAGGACCUUGGAGGACGCAGCCACGAGUUGGGGAACCAACAUUCAUCUAGCAGAAGCACACUGUCCCGUAUGUAAACUCCCGCUUUGCGAUCAAGUCUCCUCCAGUAACCAGGGCAUUCUCGUCUUUGAGUGCAGUCAUGUGUUUCACAGAUUUUGCGUCCCCGAGUGCGCAUGCGUUGUCUGCUUUCACCAAAAUCUUCGCUCAUUAGCUGGAGACAAAUGAAACUUUCCCCAUUGAGUGGGGAUAAAACGUUUUCUUGAGACAUCUGAGCUCAUUGCUGGGAAAGGCUAAACCUCUGCUCAUUGGCUGACAUUAAAAUCUUCGUUGAGUGGCUAGAAACAUCUGAGCUGAUUGGCUGGUGACAUUUGAACCUUUGUUGAGUGGCUAGAGACAUCUGAGCUGAUUGGCUUCCGUUACCUAGAGCCUCUCCUCAUUGUUAUAAGAAAGCUAAACAUUUGCAUAUUAACUUGUGGCGGCUGCACCUCUUGGCCAAAAAGCCUCAACAACACAAUUAUUUUGAAAGGGAUGAAUUUAUAUUUUUUUUAACCCAGAUACAGCAAUAUGAAAGUAAACGCACGGGUGCGAUUCAUUAAAUACAACCAAGAGACCAUUUUCUUGAUACAAUCUAGAAUUUAUAUAGAAAACAUAAAAAUAAAUAGUGUAAAUAUUACAUAAUUUAUUCGAUAAAGCUUUAACACAUUUA